AUGGGUUUGGUGGGGUAUUAUAGGAGGUUUGUGGAGAGUUUCUCGUCUAUUGCUACUCCAUUGACAAAGCUAACUCAGAAAAAGGUUAAGUUCUUAUGGUCCAAUGCUUGUCCAGGUAAAUCUAAUGUCGUUGCUGAUGCUCUUAGCAGGUUGUCCAUGGGGAGCUUAUCCUAUGUGGAUAAGGGGAAGAGAGGUUUGGUGAAGGAUAUUUAUAGGUUGUCUACCUUGGGAGUCUGUAUCGUAGACUUUGAGGAUGGAGGAGUAAUUAUUUAUGAGGUGGUUAAAUCAUCAAUUGGUGUUCAGAAAAAGUGUGUGGAUGAUUCUUCAUUGAUAGUUCCUGUUGAGGAUGUUGGUGUGACAGAUUCUUUGUCUUAUAAGAAAGUGCUUUGGAGGAAUCAAAAGGUGGAAGAAGUUAUAUGGGAAGUUGAAGAGGAUAUGAAGAUCAGGUACCCGUUCUUAUUCCCCGCGUUGGAUGAAAAUGCUUGA